CGAACCGGGUCGGGCCUUCCCCGCGCCGAUCCCUCGCUCCGGGGCGCCGCUGGGUGGGCCGAGCGCCGGGGGCGCCGGGCGGGAGGGCCGGGCUGCGGAGAGGCCGCGCCCGGAGAGGGUGGGCCGUGCCCGCGCAGACGGCCCGGUGAGCCGCCGGUGCCCGGCGCUCGGGCAGCCGGGUCGGUGCCGAGCCCAGCUCGUCCCCUGAGCCAAUGUUUAAACACACUGGUGCUCCGGUCAUUAACCGCGGGGAUGUGUCAGUGGACAGAACACUGCUGUUUUGGUGACUUUUUUUUGUUGAGUGAAUGACACCAGCAUUUGUCGAAACUCUGCUUUGCUCUGUGUAGGUUUGUGGAAAACGUAGAUUUCCAAAAUGAAUAAAGAUGCGCAGAUGAGAGCAACCAUUAACCAAAAGCUAAUAGAAACAGGAGAACGAGAACGUCUUAAAGAGCUGCUGAGAGCCAAGUUAAUUGAAUGUGGCUGGAAGGAUCAGUUGAAGGCACAUUGCAAAGAUGUCAUUAAAGAAAAAGGAUUAGAGCAUGUUACUGUUGAUGAUUUGGUGGCAGAAAUCACUCCCAAAGGCAGAGCUUUGGUACCAGACAGCGUAAAGAAAGAACUCUUGCAAAGAAUAAGAACCUUCCUUGCUCAGCAUGCCAGUCUUUAAUUUUGAUGUUCAUCUGGGAUACAGUUUCCUGUAUUACAUCAAUCAUGUCAGGAUUGGAAUGCAGUUUACAUACUUAAGGAUGAAAAAAUCAAUAAAUUUUCUUUGCACUGCAUCAGUUUCUUAAACUUGGUGUUAUUUUAAUAAAAAAUUGUGUGGACUCGUGUUUCUAA